AUGCAUCAGUCAAAUGUUAAUCUUCUUGAUCUUUCUAAUGAAAUAUUACUUAAAAUUUUAAAAAUUCUUAACAAUAUAGAUAUUCUCUAUUCAUUAUUCGAUAUUGAUAAUCAACGACUUGAUAUGAUAUUACAAGAAAAAACUUUUACCACAAGUCUCAAUUUCGUAUUAACAACAUCAUAUGAUAGUGUUUCGUCGAUUGCUGAUUCAAUAAUUGAUCGGUUUUGCAUUAGUAUACUUCCAAAAAUUAAUUACGAUAUUAAAUCACUUACUCUCGAAUCAAAAUCUAUGGAACGUAUUCUUCGUGUUGCUGAUUAUCCUAAUCUAACUGAACUUAAACUUUAUAAUGUUAACAAUCAUAUUAUUUCACAAUAUUUUACAAAUUUUAGUCAUGUUACAGACUUGAUGGUACAUGAUAUAAUACCAUUCGCACAUGAAUUUUUUCUUCGAAUCGCACGCUUUUUUCCUUUCCUUAAAAAAUUAAGUGUUAUUAAUUUUGAACCACAAUCAAGGAUGUACGACUAUUGGAAUAUUGACAAUAAUCCAUUGUAUUCAAUUGUUGAAUAUCCAAAUCUAAUUUCACUUGAUCUACGGUCGAGUUAUGCUCAUUAUGUCGAACAGUUUCUCGAUCAGGAAAGAACACAUCUACCACGUCUAACCAAAUUAGCAGUCAAUUAUAAUGGAUUAGAAAUGGUAACAUUCCGCUUUACACGCGAUGCAAGACGAUGCAAUUGUACUCAAGUGAAAGAAUUACUUUUUGAAAGAGCAUUAGUACAUACAAAACAUUUCUAUGAUUAUUUUCCUCUCUUGUAA